AUGAAUUAUGUAUUUAAAGUUUUCGUGGCUAAAUUUCUCAAUCUUUAUAUUGAGGGAUUUGGAGGCUCUCAGGUUUAAUUGUAUUAAGGAGCUUUAAAUCUUUAAAAGGUUUAGCUCAAAUUGUAAACACUCAAUAAAUUACUUAAGGAAUUAUUAAUUCCUUUUACCAUCCUUAAAGCUGAUAUUGAAAUGCUUAAAAUAGAUAUACCAUGGGCAUCAUUAACUACUCAACCAAUCAAAACACAUAUAAGUGGAUUGAAUGUAAUCAUUCAAUAUAAUGAAUAAGAAGACAUUGAAAAUCUCAUCUAAGAUUUAUCAAAAAAAUAAAAUAAUGAAAGUAAACUCUCUAUUCAAGAUGAGAUUAGAAAACAUAAAGAAAUUGAUGAAUAAGUCUUAAAAAGAUUUGUAAAAAAACUACUACUUAAUCUAUCCUUUGAAAUUAAAGAUAUUUAAGUUGAAUUGUUAAUUAAACAACAAUAUAGAUUAUAAGUUGUUUGUCAAGAAUUUAGUACAUCUUGUGAAGAGAAUUUAAGAAUUAAUCCAGAAGAUGUUGAUCAAUUUCAUAGAGAAUUAAAAUUAGAAACAUUUUUUAUUAAAUUAAUUCGUUUUAAAGAUGAUGACAUUUCAAACUAAUAAUUAUUAGCUCUAGAUCAAUGUAACUCUUAUUUAGAAAGAUCAAAAGAUUCUAUAUAUUGUAAUGUUGAAUUUAAUAACUUCAAUAUUAUCUUAGAUAAAGAUAUAGUGUUAUUAGCUAAUGAUGCUAUCAAUAAACAAACUCAAUUGUAAUAAUUAGUUAAAAAUAAAUUAAAUGAAUUCAAAAUUUAACCUAUACAUGAAAAUUUUAUUUUUAGAGAUAUUACAACUGUCAGCAAAGGAAUUCAUUUAUCCAUAUUUUCUAACAAUUUAUACAUCCAAUCCUAAUAAUUAACAUUAUUUAUUUAAUAAUGUAACAUAUGUGCUAAAUCCUUUUUAUCUUAAAUGAAUUAUAAAUUAAGUUUUUAAUAAAUUCAUGUAUGAACAUUUAUUAUAUUUAGAUUAAAUAUAAUGGACUAAAGAUUCUUUAAUUGACUAAAUAAGAUAGCAACGAAUUUAGUAUAUGGCCAGAAUUGCACAAUCAAGAUGCAGAUAAAGUAUACUUUCUACUAAUUAUAGUAAUAAAUUAUUUUAGAAAUUACACAAAAUUAAAGUGAUAGAAUGAAAUUAAUAGAACAAAAACUAUUUCUUUAAAUUGAAUAUAUUCAUCUUGAAGUAGAUAUCCAUCACUUACUCUAAAAUUCUCAAACCAUUAUAAAUCAUAUUUAAAGCUAUUAAUCGUUUAUUCCACCAUAAUAAUAAUAGGUUUAAACUAAAGGGUAGAGUCAUAUCAAAUCCCUUUAAAAAAAGUUAACUUAUAAAAUGAAUAUUAUGAAAAAUAAAUUAACUCUUAAUGCAUCUGGAUAAACACAAUUUCUAUUAUUAUUCUAAAGUUAAACACAUGUAGGAAUAUAUUAAAAAAAAGACAAAAUCAAGAACUUAGAAUUGAAACAUAAUCAAUUGCAAUUUCAAUUAUUUGAUCAACAUUAACAUCUAUUAAUAUCUAUCAAUGGAUUCAAUGCAAUUUUUGACUAUUUUAAACAAAUUGAAUUAAAUAUCAUACUUUCAUAGGUAUAAAUUAGAUUACAAAAAAAUACAUUCUCUUAGUUAAUUACUUUGCAAAAAUUAUUAGAAACUGAAAAAAUAGUAUAAUCUGAUUCAUUCUAAAAUGAUUAAUUGUAACAAAAUUAAUAGUUGCAUAAAAAUAUUAAAUUUAUUCUUCUUAUGGAAAGAUGUUCAAUUGAUUUUGGUUAAUGUAUCAAAAUUAAUAAUUAUGUAUCAUUUAUAACGAUUAAUAUCAAAUAAAUAAAUUUGUAAGUAUUAUUAAUUGAAAACUAACCACAUCAUUUAGAAUGGAAAUCUAAUUUAAAUAUAUGGACUACUCAUCCCUUAUAGAGAAAGAGUUGUAAAAUCACAAAUGUAAAUAUUAUAAAGUUAUUUUAAGACAAUUAAAUGUAAAUUAGUAUGGAAUAAGACAAUUGAUUCUAAUUAAUAAGAUUCGUAGAAUAUUUUUUAAAUUUUAAAUACUGUUGAAAUAAAAUUAUCUUAAUUAACUAUUUCAAAUAUACUUAACACCAUAAAUUUGUUAAGUGGAUUAGAUGUUGUAAGUGUAAUUAGAAAUAAAACAAAAAAGAAAGUUCUUUUUAAGAUUAUUAAUGUUUUAAAUAAAAAAACAUAAUCAUUCACUCUAUAACCUGAUGAUUCUAGUCUUCUUUCAUCCCUUUAUGAUGAUCUCUAAGGUUAUUUAUUUAUUAAAUUAUUUAUUUAGAUCCAAAAGAUUAUCCAACCUAUCAGAUUUAAUUAGGAUUAGAAAUUAAUGAAACUUUAUAAUUUUGGUCUCAAGUAUAUCCUUUUCAUUUAUCUAAAUAAUAUUUUAAUAAAUUCAUCUUACUUGAUGAAAUUGAUCAACAAGAACAUGAUAUUUUUCUAAAAGCAGUUAAUAAUGAAUUUAUAUUAACCUAAUAUGAUAAAUAAAAUACAGAUUUAUAAAUUGUAGCAGAACCAACGAUAGAAAACUAAUCUGAUUAUUUGUUAACAUUUAAAACUGGAAGUGUAGAAUGCUUUUAAAUAGAAGGCAAUUCAAAAAAAGCAUUCCACACAAAACUGACUGAAUAAAGUACAAUUUCAUUAAUCUUAAGUAAUCAAAUGA